CUUAGAGCCGUUUUAUCAAUCACCAGUUAAAUGUCUAGUUAACUAAUCUCAGAUAAUUACUAACUGUAGAUUAAAAAUAUUAUGAUUUUAUCAAAUAUAUUUAUACUAAGAUUAACUAUUCUAGCGUAUAACAAACCGAAGAUUAAUUAACUACCGAAAUGCAUUGAUUGAUGUUAGUCACAUCAGUAAUAUGAAAAUGUUUCUAACUUCUAUCAAUGAAUUGUUAUCUUUUAUCAUGAUAUAUUUAUUUUGAGUGAUACGCUUACAUUAUCUGACAUAUUUUUUUCCGAUCUUUUGACGUUUUCAGUUAACAGUUUUUUACUUUUAAAAAUAUAGAAUACUAUUUAUUUUAUAUGUUGUCGUGUUGUAUUUGUUAGUUUUGAGUACAAUUUUAUUACUAUGAGUUUAUUAAAAAUCAAACGUGAACGCUCCACAAAUUUUAUUGACGGCGAACUGCAACUUCUUGUCGACCUGGUGGCUAGUCAAAAACAUAUUUUGGAAAACAAAAAAACAGAUGCCGUAACAGCCAACCUAAAGAAUAAAACUUGGGAAGCAUUAGCAAAUAAAUUUAAUUGCAAAAGCCUAAAUGGAUAUCGUAGUCCAAAAUGUUUGAAAUUAAAAUAUGAAAAUUUAAAAAAAAAUGUAAAAAUCAAGUUGCGAGAUGUGAAAUCAAAACCCUGUGUAACAGGAGGAGGACCUCCAAUUCCAUUAAAAGCACUCAGCAAAUUGUCCCCUAUGGAAGAACAACUAAGAUCUUUGAACCCUCUAGCUUUUAGUGGUAAAGUGUCAGAAUUUGACAGUGACAGAAUUGAAGAUCAAAAUACAUACAGUCAUGAAAUGCUUGUACAGGAUUAUGAGAAAACUGACAGUAAUGUAAGUAAUUAAUAUUUUGAUUGAUUCGUACAUUAUUAUUAUUACAAAUAUUGUUAAUGAAUUUCAAUUAUAGUGUAUGGAUGAAAACAUUCUAGAAUUUGAUUGUCAAGAAAAUAAUACUGAUGGAUUUCAAGAGUCAUUUGUCCAUACUUCUGAAAAAGAUUUUGAUGUUGGUGAAGAUUGGACAGAUUAUACACCAGCAAAAUUGAGAACGCCGAUUUCUCCAGAGCUAUCAUCUACAACACACCAGAAAAGCUUAGACACUCUGCAUUCACCUAAUAUAUUUGCUAUCUCUGAUGCUGGUUCAGAUGAUGAGUUAAAAAGUGAGAAAAUAAAUAUAUAUAUAUAUAUUAUUAUUA